AUGACGGACGUUGGUGAUCUCGCAUCUGAAUUAGUUGGGGAGGUCCUUUCUUCGGGAGAUCCACUCUCGGCAGCGGUCAAACUCCUCGUCAAAGGAGGCGUAAAAGUCGCCAUUUUCUACCUCGACCGGCGAGCAUGUCAACAAUUCCUCGAAGAAAUCCAAACUCUUUUCGUGCGACUCACCAAGCUCGGGUAUCUUGAACCUUUGAUACCUACCUCACAGCAAGAUGCCAAAACGGCUCCUAUGGGAUGGAUCAUGACUCCAGCCGGAGUGAAUCAAUUGUUUUUCCAUGUAUACGCCGACAUUAAGAAUGCGCCCUAUCAAACUGAACUUUCAGCGGACCGACUCAAGACAUUCGGCGUAAUGGAGCCGGUCGUCGUCAAUCUCAAUUCUCGUUCUAAAGGGACUCAAAUCCGCGAGCGUCUAGGAUCAACGUGGCCGGCUCAGUAUCGGGAACGGAUGUUGCAGCAGAUCAAUCCGUUUCAGUCUAUGCCGACUAUCCCCAAGAAAGACAUGGGUCGGUUUGCGCGGGCCAUGGUCCGCAAAGCGCUGCGGUCACCGGUACAUGUUGACCUCCUUCUUGCGCGCACUCUGGGGCUGGCGCAGUUCUGUGGUCUGGGCGAAGUCAGCCUUGCAGAUAUGAUUGAGUUGAUGGUACAUGCUUGUCACUACGAAAGUACCGCGAGAAGAUACCUUGCAGCCCUCCUCGGAAUACAUUACACUGUCUUCACGGGGUAUGCGCUAGUAGAUAGCUUGAACGGGCACGUCCUAGGAAGUCUAGAGAACCCCCAAAAGAACUUCGCCCAGCUAGCGGAAAACUUCACUGGGUCGUUAGUACAAAUCGGGGUGGUGGAAAAUGGCAAGCCUCGAAUCAGCCAGGCAGAGGAGAUGCCCAACGUCAAAUUCAAAAUUCAGGGUGGAGCAGGCGCCAAACAAGGUGAAGCCAUUUAUAUGAUCUCCGGGUGGGCUGAAGUUCUCCGUCAUCGGCCAGCGAAUCAUCCGCAUGUGCGCUCGAUGGCCAAAGAUCUUACUGUCGGAUUGGCGAAGGAUGUGGGCAAGAGCUUUGUCCCUACACCAAUACUCAGGAAAAUGGCGGGUUUGGGGCAAAAUGUCUUGAAAAAGGAUGUACAUGGGAACGACCUCUAUUAUUCCUCCGAGCUGGAAACGAUCGACGUCAGGAUCAGGAGGAUACCAAGCGGCCGCUUAGUCGGCAAAAUCUCGCAAUUUGGCGACUGGCGCCAAGCUGCAUUCAGUGGACGAGGGGUAUUCGGCGUGAGAUGUGGAUGCAAUCAGGCAGAUCCUACAAAACUCCUGACGGGAUCCAGGUUCAAUGGAUAUCCGUUGUUGAGCGUGUACAGACUGCGGGACGGUGAGAAGCUGCAGGUUGGGUAUGAGGAGUCAUUUUUUCACUGGACCGCAGGAGAUUUGCCCAUGAUUCUGUUCUGGGCAAAUUCGCAUGUUAUAGGCACGUAUAUUCAGGUAGCUGGGGAGUGUCUGUAUUGUGCUACUAGUCGAGCGUUUGGCGUGGGGUGCAAUCUCAUCAUAGCGGGAGGAUGGUGA